UGACAACUUAAUAGACGCCCCGAUGAAAAUUCGACUCAAUUUUUUUAACGGGAUCUUUGUGAGAUUGGUCGAAUGGGAAUUAUGGUGGAAAAACACGCAAAGAGGUUAAAUGUAUUUAUAAAUGUGGAAAAGCUGAUUUAUCGCUCCCUAGCAACACGACAAACACGUAGCACACUCCUUGUUGGGGCCGUUUCCGUUUUCAGAACAAAGGGAAUGGUUGCAAGAGGAGGGUUUGAUUUUACGUGGGGGUGGUGGCUGCGGCUUUGCUUGGUGCUUCGUUUGGCAUUGAUUCAGUUACUGGUAAUCAUUACGGUGUGUGUGUGUGUGCUUCGCGAUUAACAUGUAAACAAACAAUAAACAGCUGUUGUGGCGCCAGAACACAAAGUGUUGGUAAACGUGACACCGACGUCAGUGACAAUCAAUCGCACAUUUUCUGCUACAAACCAAAAGAAAACAUGAUAAGGUGAUAUUUGGCGACCUGCCAUCCCUUAGUGUUCCCUAGUUGUUUGUGUUAAUAUUAUGCCCGACUUCUAUGAGCUUCUUAAAGUGGCAGAGACGGCCAGUUUUGAAGAGAUCAAAGGCAGCUACAAACAAUUGAUACUACAAUGUCAUCCCGACAAACUACAGCAGCAUGAUGUGGCUGACCCAAAUCGGGAAUGCUUGGGUGAGGAGGAGCGGAGAGAUCAGAACCUGAGCGAUUUCAAUGCCAUAAAUGAGGCCUGGAACACGCUUAAAGAUCCCAUCAAGCGUAAACACUACGAUGCCGAAUUGCUGCAGUCCAAAUUUCAAGCGCACAGCAACAUUUAUGCCCACAUAACGACUAGCGACAUGGAAAGCAUCCAACUCGAAGUCACGGAAGAUGGGGGCGAGGCUGACGGUGACGCAGACGCAGACAAAGAGACGGCAACAGUAUGGACCUAUGCGUACGACUGUCGCUGCGGCGGACAAUAUCUGCUCGACGAAGCCAGAGCCCUCGAUGAGUCAACCGAACAAAGCGGGCCGGCCACAAGUGACGCGAUUGUGGAGUGCAGCGAGUGUUCUUUGGUGAUUGUUGUGAAACCAUCUCCGACGAUGUCUGAAUAAACGAAUAACGAUGGAUAAACGAUAAA